AUGGCGGGCUGGUCGUCGCUCCCGGGGGACCUCGUCAACCUCGUCGCCGACCGCCUCCUCACCACCAGCGACCUCGAUUCCUACAUGGACCUCCGCGCCGUCUGCCACGGCUGGCGGUCCGCCACCGCCGACCCUAGGAAGAGUCCGCGCGAGCCGCGCUUCCGGCCGCGCGACUGGGUCACGCUCGGCGAGGCCCACCAGAGCGACGGCGCGCGGCUCUUCGUGAACGCCGCCACCGGCCGCUUCGUCCGCAAGGACCUUCGCCCGGUGUUCCAGAGCUACUUCCUGCUCGUCGCCGGCGCCGGCGGCGGCUCGCUCGUCCUCGCCGGGGGAAGCUCGCCGCACGCCGCGUGCCUCCUCAACCCUUUCACGGGCUCCUUUGUCCAGUUCGCGGCGCCAGUGCCUCCCGAGUUGGAGUUGGAGCUCAAGGUUGCUGCUCACGUGAUCGGCGGCUCUUCGCCGAAGCUCAUCCUGCUCAGAGUAGGUGCCGAUAAUACUACCAUAUACUGGGCUGAUCCCAACAGCGGAAGUUUCAACGUGUUCAAGCAGAAUCACUGCGACUCUCGUUUGGCCGGCCAGGCCCUCGUCGGCGGCAUCUACGCCGCCGGCCUUGAGCUCGAGCAGCAUGGAUCGCCGCCGUCGACGCUUCUCCAUCCCACGGUCAGCAAGAUCAUGGGUCUGGUGAAGACGAGGCCGCCGCUCACCAACGAUUACUUCUCGAGCAAUGCAACAUUGGCAUGGAGGAAUUGUUUCCUCGUGGAAUCGGCAGGAGAAAUCCUCAUCUGUUUCGUGCUGCGCCGCUGGCCGAAGGUUUACAUGGAGGUUUUCAAGAUGGCCACCGGGAGCAAUGCGCUUGAACAGGUGAAGAGCAUAGGCAACCGUGCCAUCUUUGUCGGUGCUCGCAGGUCCCUCUCCGUCGAUGCCGACAAGUUCGCGUCCGUCGAAGCUAACUGCAUCUACUACGUCCAUGGCUCCUCGUCCUCCUACCACGUCUACAACCUCGAGGACGAGGAAGAAGUGAGGGGCGGUGGGGCCUUUGUUGAGUUACACCACCGCACUUUUAGCAUGAAGGCUUGCCCUAGUGUCGUUCAGCUUCUUUGCCGUUACACAUCUAAUGUCGAGCACUCCCAGCUUGGGUUGGAGCUGCUGCGUCAACGGUUGCGUGAAUGGGAUAUUAGCAUGCAAGAUUGUGCAUAUCACUAA